AUGUGGAUCACUCAAUAUAUUUGUCUCUGCCUGACCUUUAACUGUAUCUCUGCAGCUUCAGUACUCAGUUCAGUUAACUGUCAGCUUCUGGGACGCUUCAAGUUGAAUGGAAUGUACCAGAAUGGAGACCUUGUCAUUGGAGGCCUGUUUGAGGUUCACUUUCUUACAGUGUUCCCAGAGCUGAGCUUCAGAACUGAGCCAGAACCACCAUACUGUGAGCAAUUUGAUAUGGCAAGCUUCCAGCAGGCACGGACUAUGGUUUUUGCAAUAGAAGAAAUCAAUAAAGAUCCCAGCCUGCUGCCUAAUGUCACCCUUGGUUACUAUCUUUAUGACAAUUGUGUGAAGCUUGGAGUGGCAUUCAGGGCUGCUACAGCUCUGGUUAGUGGAACGGAGGAGUCCUUCUCCAACCUCGACUGCACCGGCCCACCACCAGUAAUUGCUCUUGUGGGAGAUCCUGGUUCCACUCACUCAAUUGCAAUCUCCAGUGUGCUGGGGCUGUUCCGAAUGCCCAUGGUUAGCUACUUUGCCACCUGCUCUUGCUUGAGUGACAGGAAGAAGUAUCCCUCCUUCUUCAGAACUAUCCCCAGUGAUGCCUUCCAGGUGCGGGCUAUGGUUCAAAUUCUGAGGCAUUUUGGAUGGACCUGGGUUGGCCUGAUCUACAGUGAUGAUGAUUACGGCAUCUAUGCCGCUCAGUCCUUCCACCAAGAUGUGCAGCUGUUUGGAGGGUGCGUUGGCUUUUCUGAAAUACUGCCCCGUGAUAACAACCGCAACGAUAUCCGGCGCAUAGUACAAGUGAUUCAGGCCUCUACAGCCAAAGUGUUGGUGGUGUUCUCCACCGAGGCCUAUUUGUUGCCACUGAUGGAUGAGGUGGCAUUGCAAAAUGUAACAGGAAGGCAAUGGAUUGCAAGUGAAGCUUGGGCCACCUCACCUGUGUUUCAAACACAGCAUCUGUUGCCCUUUCUGGGGGGCACGCUGGGCAUCGCCAUUCGCCGCGGAGAGAUCCGGGGACUAUAUGAAUUUUUGCAACACCUCCGUCCUGACAACAAUUCAAAAAACAAUAUGGUAAGAAUCUUUUGGGAGAAAAUGUUUGGGUGCAGUUUUGAGACAGGAAGCCGAGAGAAAGAUGUACAGAGGUGUUCAGGGCAAGAGGAUCUGAGAAGCACAGACACAACAUACACUGAUGUAUCAGAGCUGAGGGCCUCCUAUAAUGUGUAUAAGGCAGUAUAUGCCCUGGCACAUGCCCUCCAUGAUCUGAUGCAGUGCGAGGAGGGGAGAGGGCCGUUCAGUGGGAACAGCUGUGCCGACAUAAACAACCUGCAGCCCUGGCAGGUGGUCAGUUAUCUACAAAAAGUCAACUUCACCACAGGCUUUGGGGACCACGUGUCAUUUAAUAAGAAUGGGGAUGCACUGGCUAUCUAUGAUGUGAUGAACUGGCAGCCGAGUUCUGACGGCUCAGUAAGGGUCAGCACAGUUGGUGUGGUGAAUGAAGGGGACUCAAUCGGGAGGGUGCUCACACUUGAAGAGAAUAAAAUAUUCUGGAACUUUGAGACCAAAAAACCCCCACGGUCUGUGUGCAGUGAAAGCUGCCCUCCAGGCACCAGGCGAGCCAGAAGGAAGGGCCUUCCUGUUUGCUGUUUUGACUGUCUGCCAUGUGCAGAUGGGGAGAUUUCUAAUACAACAGAUUCUAUUGAGUGCACAGUAUGUCCAGGUGACUCAUGGUCAAAUCCAGAAAAGACUGACUGUAAUCCCAAAGAAGUGGAGUUUCUAUCCUAUGAGGAUCCGUUGGGCAUCUCGCUGACGACUGCUUCUCUGCUUGGCACCUGCUUCUGUGCUCUUGUGAUGAUUAUCUUCGCCAAUCACCAUAACACUCCAGUAGUACGUGCCAAUAAUUCAGAGCUCAGUUUCCUGUUGCUGCUGUCACUCAAACUGUGUUUUCUGUGUGUCUUACUGUUCAUUGGCCAGCCACAGUUGUGGACAUGUCAGUUAAGACAUGCCAUGUUUGGCAUUAGCUUUGUUCUGUGCGUCUCCAGCAUCCUGGUCAAGACUAUGGUGGUAAUAGCUGUGUUCAAGUCAUCUCGGCCUGAGGGUAAAUCUGCCAUGAAAUGGUUUGGGGCAGUCCAGCAAAGAGGGACAGUCUUGGUCCUAACUGCCCUCCAAGUCAUGAUAUGUGCAGUCUGGUUGUCAACUGCCUCUCCCACACCCCAUAAGAACAGUCAGUAUAUGAGCUCUAAAAUAGUAUAUGAGUGUGCUAUUGGCUCAGUGGCUGGAUUUUCUAUGCUGCUGGGCUACAUUGGUCUGCUAGCAGCAGUAAGCUUCAUGUUAGCCUUCCUUUCAAGGAAUCUCCCAGAUCAUUUUAAUGAAGCCAAAUUCAUUACCUUCAGUAUGUUGAUCUUCUUUGCUGUGUGGAUUGCAUUUGUUCCAGCGUAUGUUAGCUCACCAGGAAAAUAUUCAGUGGCUGUUGAGAUUUUUGCCAUUCUGGCUUCCAGUUUUGGAUUACUGGUGGCUAUAUUUGCCCCAAAGUGCUACAUCAUCCUUUUACAUCCAGAAAGAAACACUAAAAAAGCAAUCAUGGGUAGAGCCUCACAAAACAAAUAGUUUUACAUUAUGAUUAUACCAGUGGCAUGUUCAGACUUUUUUGAAUGGGGUGGCCCAUGUGGGGCACAGACUCAUUCAAGGGUUGCAUGAAGUGUAACUCAACAUCCCUGAUGAUGGGCUAAUACUGAUUUAUUAAAGCUACACUAUGUAACUUUUAUUUGUUAAAAAUAACUAAAUGUUAUUAAUGAGAAAGUGCAACAAAAAUCUGUCUUCCAAACCAUGUCUUUACCCAAAUACACUUUGAUAAACCUAUAAUAAUGAUUUAUAUUUUAGAGCUGUUUCGACAGAUUUCGCAGGAAAUUGCAUACAUACUCCAUUCCUGUGAGUGUUCGCGUCAUAUCUGUACACAGAGAAAAUAAGCUCUGACUACUGUAGCACGUGUAUUGUGUGGAAGCAGCUUGAAGUUGAAUGUUUGUUGUCACAACAAACAAGAAAAAUUGACCAUAGAUCAUUAAAAAUUACAACCCCCCGUGGAAUCAUCUGUUGUAUAAACAAUGAAGCCUCGAACAGAGCAGAGUCUACAAGCAAAAUACAGAAAGCAAAAUACAGAAAACAGAGUCCAUAAUAAAACCUGAAUCAACAUCGGCUUGGCUUUUCAGAGAUGGCAACACACGUCUUGCUAGCACACGUGUGUAUUUUUCUUUAUAACAGCAAUCAUUUAUAUAAAUAAAUCCAUUAGUCUAAGGCUUGCCAAGGACAUGUGAGUCUUGAAAUUAUGUUGACCACUGGUUGGUAACAAUGAUAAUCUAUAAAUUAGUUACUACUGUGGGCUAUUUGGCAAGAAUAUCCUGCAGUUAUAAAAACUUUACAACGUUUGACCUUAUCAGACUAGCCAGCAAUAUGUCUAAUGUUAAUGAAAAUUGCCUAACUUUUGUAACGCCAUUUAUUUCAAAACAUCAAUGUUUCCAAUAAGUCAAAACAACAGCAUAAGAUAUGGCACUUAUCUGCUCAGAUUACAUGUUUUCGGAUAUCCGUCUUUUCUUUUCUUUCAUAUAUUAUUAUUUCAUACACCGGUGCCUCGAAACACAUUCAUCCGCACAGAGGAGCAGAGCAGAAGCACAUCCAAAACAAAGUCUUCCACAAGACGCAUGCAGUUUUAUUAUUUAACUACUAGAGGGCCAAAAGUUACAUAGUGUAGCUUUAAUAAGAUAUGUAAAUUUUCAGGAAUUUCAAUAUUUGAAUGUUAUUUAGUUAAAUAGGUUUUUUUAAUGUUACUAAAUGUUAAUACUGUACAACAGAAGACUUCAAAUAGCAUGUUUUUUAUUUUAUUUUAUUUUAUUUUUAGAGAGAUUAAGCUGUGAAGUGAUGUACAGUACUAUCAAUUGGUAUUAAAAUACUAUCAAUAAUAUUGUUUUAUUUUGAGACAGUAAAGAAGAUAUUUCUUAAACUUAUCAUAGGACUAUAUAUAAAAAAUGUGAAUGGAUUCAGCUUUGUGUACUCAAUAUAGCCAUGUAUUUGGACUGACAAAGGUUAUUUGAU